UUUUCUGAAUGAAUUCAUACUGUGCACCACAUGCUACCAUCAGAGCAAGCCAAGUCUCUAUAGAAGAGAAGCAAAUGUUCAAAGAGAUUUUUGAUGCCUUUGCUGGAAAUCAAAGCGGGAAUCUGACAUCUGCGCAAGUCAAGGAGGCAGUACAAACGAUUGCCCCAUAUGCUCCUUCGUACAUGGUAUCAAGGCUAGAGAGCGAUUACGGAUCAAGCUUGACGUGGCCUGACUUUGAGCGAUUCAUGACGCGAGUGCUUUUAGAAAUGAAUCCUAUGGACGAAAUCAAGCGCGUCUUUGAGCUGAUCGAUAGCGAUCAUACCGGCUCCAUCAAUGCACAGCAGCUGCAGAAGGUAAUGGAAGCUACUGGAGAGCAUCCACCUCUGUCCGAAGCAGAAGCCAUGAUCCACGAAGCAGCAAAUACCCAUUCAGACAAAGUGACCUUGAACGAACUGAUAACUUUCUUGACAUCGUCGGAUGAGGACUAGAAAUUUCGAUAUAGAAUACUCCCUACCCUUAGUAUAUUAUGUACUUUUUGUUAAGCGAAAUAGCUAAUCUGUAAAUUAAAAAGUUUUGGUUUUAUCAUAUGAACUUGGAAUCUCACGAGAAGUUCACUCGUCUGCAUGAUAAUACAAUAAGUCGUAGAAUUUUCAAAAACGACGACAUUAUUCUGCUCAUAGUUAAAAGAAAAAAAAAAAUUACUAGCUUGCUGUGCUCAGCAAAAAUGAAGCUACCAGGGGUCGAACCUGGAAUCUCUUGAUUCGUAGUCAAG